CUAUUCGGCGUGCAUAUUUUAAAGUGUUCGUUAUCUUUAGGGACGUAUAAUGACAUUACGUCGUCUUGCCGCUUGCGAUAACUCCAGGAGGGGUCACGGGGUGUCGGCAGCCAUUUCAACUAGUGACUACUUCGUCGCGGCUCCUCACACUCGUGUCUCUGGGUCCUCCCGGUUCUUCUCUCUGCUCUCUCCCCCGUGAGAUUUCAUGGUGCUACUUGGCACAUACUACUUGGACAGCGCUUUCGGCCUCCUUCGGGGCGCGGCCAGAAGAGGCCUCCAGCUCGAAGCGCUCAACAACUUGACGCUACAGAACAUAUUCGUCAAUCUGUGUAAAGCUUGUCAAGUACGGACGAUGUCGUGCAUCCCUCCGUCGGCGUUCUCCGCGGGCCGCAUCCGGCAGACUCAGCGCGACAGCGACAUGAAGCUCUCCAACACCAGCAAGGGGCCUGGCAGCGAGCCCAAGUACUUCAACACUGCCUUCACUGAACUAACACCGUUGAAAUACAAUAGCAAGUUGAUGAACAGCAUCUGGGGAUUCUACAACCGGUACUCGCCACAUAACGUGAAGAAAGUCAACGAUGCUUUCUCUUUCAAUGUGGAGUGCCAGCAAUCUGCUGGUAACUCCACUAACAAGAGUGACUCUGUCAUCACUCUGCCCUCUCCCAAACUAGAGAAUGUCUGGGGAGCUAUGAACGUCCCACAAUCUCACUAACAUUGUAUACAAUAGCAAGUAAUAAUAAGGGAGUACUCAAUAUAUCUCUUAAAAAAUAUAUAAAAUGUAGAAAAAAAUGGUUUACUUGACUUUAUAAUCUGGUUUGAUUAAAUGACAUUUAGUUACUUA